UCUGGGUCCGAGUCGCGCGUUGGCGUUACGAUCGUUAGAGAGAUAACUCUAUUAGCAGUAGGGCAGUGGAACUCGGACUCGGACACUAGCUAACACAAGUCAGUAGGCUGUCAGCUCUCAAGCACAACAGAUCGUGGUAUACUAUAUAGUACUUUGGGAUCCAUUACAAUGUCUUCCAACGAGUGGGAAUCUGAUGAGGAGAUCCAGUAUUUCCGAGAGUAUCUGCGCAUUCCGAGUGUGCAUCCCAAUCCAGAUUAUGUACCUUGCGUUGAAUUUCUGAAACGUCAGGCAGAGCAAAUAGGUCUGUCCAUGAAUGUAUAUUAUCCAGCAAAUGAUCAGAACCCCGUGGUGAUUCUGACUUGGAAAGGACUUGAGCCAGAGUUGCCUAGCAUUCUGUUGAACUCCCACAUGGACGUAGUGCCCGUUUUUCCGGAAAACUGGACUCACCCACCUUUUGGAGCGGAAAUGGACGAGGAGGGUCGCAUUUUCGCCCGAGGAACUCAGGAUAUGAAAUGUGUGGGAAUGCAGCAUCUUGCAGCGGUUAGAGCACUGAAAAAAAGUGGGGCUAGAUUCAAGCGAACUAUCCACAUCUCAUUCGUGGCGGAUGAAGAAAUGGGUGGUCGCCUCGGAAUGAGACCCUUUGUGAACACACUCGAUUUUAGAGCCCUUAAUGUGGGAUUCGGGUUGGAUGAGGGCUUGGCUUCUCCCGGCGAUGAUUUUCCUCUUUUCUACGCAGAAAGAGCAGUGUGGCGUGUUUAUUUCCAUAUAAGUGGAACAGCAGGACAUGGAUCCCUGUUGCUGCCCAAUACAGCAGGCGAAAAACUAAACUACAUUGUUGGAAAGAUGAUAGCCUUACGGAGAACGCAAGUCCAGAGACUAGAAAAUAAUCCAGAAUCGGUAAUUGGCGACGUUACAACCAUUAAUUUGACCAAAAUCAGUGGAGGAGUUCAAAGUAAUGUGGUGCCUCCUCAACUGAUGGUUUGCUUCGAUUGUCGAUUGGCUUUGGAUGUGGAUCAUGAGGAGUUUGAAGCUACUCUCCAAAAAUGGUGUAAUGAAGUGGGAGGUGGCAUUGAGAUCACCUACGAGCAAAAACAACCCAAAGUGCCUCCCACCGCCAUUGAUAAUAGUAAUCCCUUCUGGCUGGCUUUUAAAAAGGCAACCGAUGAGUUAAAACUUAACCUCAAACCGCAGAUCUUUACUGGUGGCACCGACAGCAGAUAUAUUCGCCAAGUUGGCAUUCCAGCUUUGGGAUUCUCCCCCAUGAAUAAUACACCAGUACUUCUCCACGAUCACGAUGAGUUUCUCAAAGCGGAUACCUAUCUUAAGGGAAUAAAGAUAUUCCAAAAAAUUAUAAGCAACAUAGCAAAUGUUUAAAUAAACCCCAUUAUCUACCCUUUGUAACAUUAUUAUAUAAACAUAGUAUAAAUAAACUUAUAUGUGGUUAAAAAAAAA